ACAUCCUCUCUCGGUGAUUGAUGGGGGGGGUUGCAUGCUUUUGAUUGUCACACACGAAACGAGAAAAUGAAUUGCUAUCGGAGAGGAGGAUUGAAGAGGACGAGGGAGAGGGAGGCGGUGUCUUUUUUGUGUUUUCAGGUGAUUGGCGCUUAAGGAAGUCGUUUUUUCCCCAGGGACACUUUUGUACUUCAUCAUGGCAAGGGGGUUGCUUCGUCAAGGUUUUCAUCUGUUACUGUUCUUCUUUUCUUCUUUCAAACGGGACAUGACAACUGGCAUCUUAUCACCUUUAUUGACACUUCACUUCUUCAAGAGACAUUUUUUUUUAAAAAAAAAUGGAUUCCUAGGUUUUUUUUUGGUUUUGUUAAAAGGAGUUUCUUGUGGAUUUCUUUGUUCCUGGUUGGUUCUAUGGGUCCGGUCUGAUUUUUGUCUGCCCCUCUCCCCCUGCCCCUCCUUGCCCUCCGCUACCCCCCUGCUGCCUACCAUGUGCAAUGACCAUUUCAACAAAAUUCUUAUAUCUAGGACUUUUCUUUCUCACGUGUACCAUUUGUUCUGGUUUGUUUGGCCAAGGCUCCAGACACACAUAUGUACCUUUGUAGGAAGUUGUAAUUCGAAGAUCUAACGGCACCACGUCAUGGGCACUGGUCACAUUCACAUCGAUGCAUGGCGGGUACCUACAUACAUACAGCUGCGGAUUAAGGUGGGCGGCAGGCAGGCAGGCACUCCGUCAC